AAAAAAAACUCUGGGAUCACACCAACUCUACACACGGAUGGCGAGUGAGAAGGUGGCGUUUUGCAGCCUAUUGCUGCUGCUUGGCCUAGCAGCCAGCGCCCAUGGCGGGCGCAUAUUGGUGUGGUACACAGAGGCUAGCCACUGGAUCAACAUGAAGCCCGUCCUGGAGAAGCUGGUAGACCGCGGGCACAGCGUGAGCGUCCUGAUUCCCAGCGCGUCGCUCUUCAUGAACGCUAGCGACGAGUCACGCUUCCACUACUUGCCCUUCAAUGUCUCAGUCUCUCUGGCGGAAAUGGAGAGCUUCAUGGAGGAAUUUCUGUCCUUCUCUAUGUACGAGAUCGACUACCUUAACUACUUUCAGUUGUAUGCCAAAUUUGCCGCCUUGAUGAAGCGAGACAUGGAGUACUCUUUCAAGUAUCUAGACGGCGUGGUCAAGUCAGAUGAGUUUUUGAACAAGCUGAAGGAAGGCAAGUAUGACCUCCUCUUGGCAGAUCCAAUCUACCCGGGCAGCGAUCUGGUGGCCGAGAUCCUGGACGUCCCGCUGGUCUACUCGCUGCGCUUCUCAAUGGUCCAUAACUGGGAGCGGUACUGCGGCCAGCUGCCAUCCCCACCGUCUUUCGUGCCUGCCGCCAUGAGCAAACUGACCGACAGGAUGACGUUUUCCGAAAGACUGUGGAACUUCCUCUUCUACGCUUUAAAUGACGCAUUCAUUGAAUUCACCAUUUGGUCAGAGGUGGAUAAAUACUACACAGAAUUCAGAGGCAAGCCCACAAGCGCCUGCGAGAUUGUGGGCAGGGCAGACAUCUGGCUGAUAAGGACUUACUGGGAUUUUGACUACCCUCGUCCUUUCCUGCCCAACUUCAAGUUUGUCGGCGGCAUCCAUUGCAGACCCGCCAAAGCUCUACCCGAGGAUAUGGAAGAGUUUGUGCAGAGUUCAGGCGACGAUGGCGUUGUCGUCUUCACAUUGGGAUCCAUGGUUAAAAAUAUCAGCAGCGAGAAGGCCAACAUGAUUGCUGCGGGCCUUGGGCAGAUCCCCCAAAAGGUGCUAUGGCGGUACAGUGGAGAAAAACCGUCAACUCUGGCCCCUAACACUAGACUCUACGACUGGAUCCCUCAGAAUGACCUGCUGGGUCACCCCAAGACGCGAGCAUUCAUCACUCACGGCGGCACUAACGGCAUUUAUGAGGCUAUCUACCACGGGGUGCCCAUGGUAGGCAUUCCCAUGUUCGCCGACCAGCCCGACAACAUGGUGCACAUGAAGGCCAAGGGUGCCGCAGUCACUGUCGACUUCAACUUUAUGACGUCGGAGGACCUCAGCCAAGCCAUCAGGACCAUUGUUGAGGACAAAUCGUACAAGGAGAACGCCAUGCAUCUGUCCGUCAUCCAUCACGACCGACCAAUGAGCGCGCUGGAUGAAGCCGUAUUCUGGAUCGAGUUUACCAUGAGACACAAAGGCGCUAAGCACCUCAGGGUCCACUCCCACGAGCUGACCUGGUACCAGUACCACAGUUUGGACGUGGUCGGGUUCUUGCUGGCAGUCGCCCUGCUUUCCACGCUGCUUGUCAUCCAGAUGUGCCGCUGUUGCCUGCGCAGAUGCUGUGGGCGAAGCAAGAAGUCCAAGAAGAAGGCAGAGUAAUGAAAAUGGCAGUUUAUGUAACUUGAAUUUGGAAGUUUUAAUAUACUCACUAGGGAACUAUAUUAGCGACACAUGAAUCCAUGAAAAAGCUGGUUAUUAAAAAAAAAAAAAAAAAUCUUAGUUGGGAAAUAUUAGUGGGCCAAUAUAGAAGUAUAUUGACAUAUAUUUAGUCAAUGUUGUAUUGUGCCACAAAAAGAACCAAAAACUUUUAAAAUGUACGUUACUUUGGCAAAUUGAUUUAAAUGCUCACCAAUUGCACUUGUAACUAGUCAAUGCUGCACUGUACCUUAACCUGUCACAUAUGAGCUUAAUGAAAAUGUACUUACACCAAAUUAUGAGCACAGCCAGACUGACUUGAAUUUAUGGUAGCAUUGUUUUGAUAAAUGUUGCACCUUCAUCUACUGUAUGUACAGGUGUAGCUGUUAUGAAACAUGUAACAAUAAAGACCCAAGUUGAACUCACCUGUGAGCAAUCACAAGCUUCACAGGUGU